UAAAGAUGGUUGAGGCUGGCUCGUUUUUCCAUCAUGACAUCAUGAGUCCCCCAUCAGUGUUUACAUAAUCUGUUAAUAUACCAUUGAUUAUUUAUUCACCCCUGUAGUGGCAACCAAAUGAUUUUAUGAUUAAUCACACAGCGAAGACAGUUGAAGGAUAAUAAGCUAACAAUAUGUUGUACAGGUUCAAGGUAUGGCUAAAACUUUUAGGACCAGUACCAUAUGUUUUGCCAGCAGCCGUGUACCUGGUAAUGUUAGUUUUCUAUUGUUACCAAGAUUAUAUAUUAACAGAUGGAUGGUCUGAUGUCAACUGUAAGGAGCCUGUACCUCCAAAUCUGUUGGAAGGAUCAGAGGAGUAUUCAAGUCGAAAUCAAAGCAAUGAAAUAACAUUUGUCACAGCUUAUUUUAAUCUUGGAAAAUUCAGAAAAGGUCCUUUCAAAACAUUCAGUACCCAAACAUAUUACAGCUGGAUGAAGAAUUACGCAUUUGUGUACAACGAUAUUAUUCUUUACACUGAUUUAGAAGAUUUAGCGAUUAAAUUUAAAUCAGAACGAUCUCAUUUUCCAGAUCAUAUGACCAGAAUAUUUUUAGUAAAGCAAAAUGAAUUUUGGGCAUUUUGGUUAAAACCAAGUAUAGAGAAAAUUUACAAUCAAACAGACUAUCCGAAAUGGUAUCCAAAUACAGUCAUGGCUUCAUAUUCAUGUGCCAUGCAUGUAAAGUAUGAUCUUAUUAAGAGGGUGAUAAAGGAAAAAUUAGUAAAAACUAAAUAUUUAGCAUGGAUGGAUAUAGGUUAUUUUAGAGGCAAUGAAAAAGGUACUUUUUCAUUAAAACCUCCGCAAAAUAUCAAAGACGAUCAUAUAGCAUUUGUACAGAUUGAUAAAUACGUUGAUAUGACACCAAAACAAAUCAUGUUUAGUAAUAGUGUAUUUUUAGCAGGUGGAUUAUUCAUCGGUAGACCUGAGUAUUUACUUUUUAUGGUUGAAGAUUAUAAAAAAGCAGUUGAAGGAUUGAUUGCAAUGAAUAUUAUGAACACGGACCAGCAGGUGCUUUACUGUAUGUACUCGCCAAAAUCUCCAUUCCAACCUAGAGUACCGAUUCAGAGAUAUUACAGCCAGAGUCGUUUGUUAUGGUUCUAUCUUGGUGACCUCUGUAGAGAAAAUAGUUUAUUUUCAGUGAGAAAAAAGACAAAAUUAAGUGAAUUUAUAGCAAGUAGUAUAUUUUUGUGAUGUAAGACUUUUGAUAAUGACAUUGUUAAAUUUUGUUUAAUCUAUAUAUUUAGGAAUUUGCUGUUUCAGUACAAAAAACUUUUUUUUGUGAUACAUUUAAUAGGUUGAAUACUGGCAAUGAAUAUUCAGCCAAUAAUGGAAGGCAGAGUACUAACAAUGGUUUUUGGGGGUAAAAAUCGCAAUCAUGCAAUCAAAACCCGUAUGUGGCUGGAUUGAUAAUUAUCAAUUUUCCAGACCUCUCUUACUUUUGAGAUAAAAAUACAUUCUAUACAUCUUAUCCAUGAACAUUUCAAGAUAUCUAUCAAUGUAGUAUAUAAUCAGAUAUUCAAGUUACAAAAUAAUGUGUAUGUGUAUAACCAUAAUUGUCAAAAAAAAUUACAUAAAUUGUGCAUGAAUCUGGAAUCUGUUCUAAAAAUAUCAAUGAAGUCAUUGUUAAAGUAAUAUUUAAAAUCUGACUUAUCUUUAUUUGUCCAUAAUUGUAGUUGUAGAAUCUACUACAAUUAUGGACAAAGGAGGAUAUCUCCAAUUCAUAAUAUUGGUUUCCAAUGCUUGAUACAAUGCAAUGUUUAAUUUUUAAUUCCCACUUCAAAAUGAAUCUUUACCCUGCAGUGCUCACAAGCAAUUUGAUUUAGUUUUGCUCACAGUAUAUAUGUACGUUCUACUGAUUAUUUUAUUGUAUUUGUUGAUUCAAAUAUCUUAGGUCUGUCAACAAUUUUUUUUGGUUAUUUAUUAUUUUUAUGGAUAUGUGUUUUAUUCAUUUGUGUUGUGGAUAUGUGUUUUAUUGAUUUGUGUUAGGGAUAUAUAUGUUUUAUUGAUUUGUUUUAUGGAUAUGUGUUUUAUUGAUUUGUGUUAUGGAUAUGUGUUUUAUUGAUUUGUGGAUAUGUGUUUUAUUGAUUUGUGUUAUGGAUAUGUGUUUUAUUGAUUUGUGGAUAUGUGUUUUAUUGAUUUGUGUUAUGGAUAUGUGUUUUAUUGAUUUGUUUUAUGGAUAUGUGUUUUAUUGAUUUGUGUUAUGGAUAUGUGUUUUAUUGAUUUGUGGAUAUGUGUUUUAUUGAUUUGUUUUAUGGAUAUGUGUUUUAUUGAUUUGUGUUAUGGAUAUGUGUUUUAUUGAUUUGUUUUAUGGAUAUGUGUUUUAUUGAUUUGUGUUAUGGAUAUGUGUUUUAUUUAUUUGUGUUAUUGAUAUGUGUUUUAUUUUUGUUGUUGUUUAUUUUGUCAGGUAAACUACAAGUUCCUAACUUCCAAUGGAAAUGAUCAAUUAUCUACUUAUAAUUGAUCAACUUUUGUGUUUUUUAUCAUAACUGUUGUGAUAAUAAUGUUAUAUUCUUCAGGUUUCAUUUAUUAUCAAACCCAUAACUACUUAGGUAUGACCAUCCAAUGACACAUUGUGGCCAUCCAUUGGCUUGGGUCAGAUCAAGUAACCAUUCAUCCGUAACACCCACUAAUUGUGCUGUUUUACGCUUUAUUUUUGAAGUUUUACUAUACAUGUUUUAAAAUAUUUUUUUUAAAAAUAUAAUUUAUAUAGCCAGACUUAAAGUAUUUAAAUGAAGUAAUACUUCGGUAAUAGAUCGGUAAAUCUCCAUGUGGAUUUCCAUGACCUCCUACAAUAGAGAACCCUAAUCCAGCUGGUCCCCUGUUCAAUGUUAUAGUCUUGUACUGAGGUGGAGCUCUGUAAACAAAAGUAUACACUUUAAAUAUUUGAAACAGGGUAACUUUUAUUCAAAGUUCUGCAAAAGCAAAGUAACACUUAUUUAUUGGAGUAAAAUGUAUUUAUAGUGAAAAAUGUAUCUGUUAACAUAACAAACAUAAUCCAAAAGUCACUAAGCACAUUGUUUUAUCCAGUUCUUCUUUACAGAUGGUUGCAUAUAAAGUAUUUAAUUGUAAUAAUAGAAAAUGUCUGUUAAAGUCUUCCCCAAUUAUAUAGAUUUACUUCAAUUAUAAGUUGAGUGACUUCCCCUUAAUCAUUUCUUAGAUGUAAAAAGAUACAUAUUCCUAUUUUGCCUGAGAAGGUGUUGUUGCUAAAUAUAGCCAGUUAAUAUAAACAUGUAUAUAUUUUUAAUGGGAUAUAGUGAAAUAUUGUUAAAGUUGUAAUGCCAAAAUAUUAUUGUUACUGUUAUAUAAAAUAUACUUCAGAGAAAUUAUUUAGAAUAGGUAAUAACCUGGUACCUUGUUAUUUUGUUAAAGAAUCAGUUGUCAUUUUGAUGUUGUGAGACUUCAGUAUUUAUUCUUGCCAAUAAAUAACAAGUAAAUUAUUUUAAUUUGUAACUCUAAAGGAGGAGGUAUGUGACUUUGACAUUUAUUCUGCCAAUAAAUAACAAGUAAAUUAUUUUAAUUUGUAACUCUAGCGGCGGAGGUAUGUGACUUAGACAUUUAUUUUUGCUAAUAAAUAACAAGUAAAUUAUUUUAAUUUGUAACUCUAACGGAGGAGGUAUGUGACUUUGACAUUUAUUCUUGCCAAUAAAUAACAAGUAAAUUAUUUUAAUUUGUAACUCUAAUGGAGGAGGUAUGUGACUUUGACAUUUAUUCUUGUCAAUAAAUAACAAGUAAAUUAUUUUAAUUUGUAACUCUAAUGGAGGAGGUAUGUGACUUUGACAUUUAUUCUUGCCAAUAAAUAACAAGUAAAUUAUUUUAAUUUGUAACUCUAAUGGAGGAGGUAUGUGACUUUGACAUUUAUUCUUGUCAAUAAAUAACAAGUAAAUUAUUUUAAUUUGUAACUCUAAUGGAGGAGGUAUGUGACUUUGACAUUUAUUCUGCCAAUAAAUAACAAGUAAAUUAUUUUAAUUUGUAACUCUAGUGGAGGAGGUAUGUGACUUUGACAUUUAUUCUUGCCAAUAAAUAACAAGUAAAUUAUUUUAAUUUGUAACUCUAAUGGAGGAGGUAUGUGACUUUGACAUUUAUUCUUGCCAAUAAAUAACAAGUAAAUUAUUUUAAUUUGUAACUCUAGCGGAGGAGGUAUGUGACUUUGACAUUUAUUCUUGCCAAUAAAUAACAAGUAAAUUAUUUUAAUUUGUAACUCUAACGGAGGAGGUAUGUGACUUUGACAUUUAUUCUGCCAAUAAAUAACAAGUAAAUUAUUCUAAUUUGUAACUCUAGCGGAGGAGGUAUGUGACUUUGACAUUUAUUCUUGCCAAUAAAUAACAAGUAAAUUAUUUUAAUUUGUAACUCUAACGGAGGAGGUAUGAUAAAUUGCAAAAAAUUCUUCAAACUUUCAAAAACUACUUGGCAUGUUAAUUUUACUGAUACAUGUAUAGGAUAAUAUUAUCUGUACGCUUCAGUUUAGAAAAUUCAUUUGUGAUGUCACUGACUUCACCAACAUGCUAAGAUUGAUCUAAAAGGGUCAUUUGAUGAUUUUACACACACAAUGUAGUGUUUGAUAAAUUUAGCUGUGAGCCAAGGCCUUACCCAAAAAGGUAUAUGAAGUUUAAAGCCCUAAUUAAAAGUAGAUAUGUAAAGCACAAUUAAAAAAUGUUAUCACUGAUAUCUGACAGACAAACGUCUUGUGAACAUCUGAAGCAUAUCAAUUGAUAGAUUUAUAAUCCUUCUUAAUUUUCAAUUCAAGGACCAAUGAAGUAGCCUUAUCAAACUUUCUCCUUUGUAUUUUUUAUGCCCCCGGCGUAGCGGUGGGGGCAUUAAGUUUUACCCUUGUCCGUCUGUAUGUACGUAUGUACGUACGUCUGUCCGUACGUCCCAAAAUUGGUUUCCGUUCUCUUAACUUGAGUUUGCCACAACCAAAUGUUAUGAAACUUAUACACAAUGCUUAUUACCACAAAACACAGAUCAAGUUUGAAUUUUGGUGGCGUUACUUUAACCGUUCUAGAGUUAUGCCCCUUUAAAAAUGAAAAAAUUGCAAAAUUUUUAGUUUCCGUUCUCUAACUUAGGUUUGCCUCAACCAAAUGUUAUGAAACUUAUACACAAUGCUUAUUACCACAAAACACAGAUCAAGUUUGAAUUUUGGUGGUGUCACUUUAACUGUUCUAGAGUUAUGCCCCUUUAUAAAUGGAAAAAUUGCAGAAUUUUUAUUUUCUUCUAAAUAUCAAGUAAUUAUUAAAAUUGGAGUUAUCUUCCUUUGUCCAUGAUUAUAGUUGAAUCAACUACAAUCAAUGCUUUAUACAAUGCAAUGUUUAAUUUUGACUUCCACUGAUAAAACGCAGAUCAAGUUGAAUUUGGGUAGUGUCACUUUAACCAUUAUUGAGUUAUGCCCCUUUAUAAAUCGAAAGAUGCAAAAUUUUUAGUUUCCAUUCUGUAACUUAAGUUUGCCCCAACCAAACAUUAUGAAACCUAUACACAAUAUUCAUUACUACAUAAUACAGAUUAAGUACGAAAUUUGGUGGUGUCACUUUUACCAUUCUUGAGUCAUGUCCCUUUAUAAACAUAAAAAUUGCUGAAUUUUUUAGUUUGUCUCAACCAAAUGUUAUAAAACUUAUACACAACCGUUCUAGAGUUAUGCGUGUUUACAAAUAGAAAAAUUGCUGAAUUUUUAGUUUCUGUUCUCUACUGAAGUUAGCCUCAACCAAAUGUUAUGAGACCUACACACAAUGCUUAUUACCACAAAACUGAGAUCAAUUUAAAUUUGGGUAGCGUCACUUUUACCGUUCUUCAGUUAUGUCCCUUUAUAACUAUAUGAUAUGCAAGUGGGGGCAUCAUCUGUGUCCACACGUGGACACUAUGCACAUUUAUUUUUUAAUCAAAUUUUAAAUAAUAAAUGGCUUUUCCAGAUAAAAUAAUGUUAAUACAUUUAUUAGAAAACUGUAUUGUUCCAAUAAUACACAAUUCAAGAUAUUAUCAUUGGUCACUCUAUUAGACAUGAAAAUGUUAUUGAAUAUGUUGGAUUUAUUGUUUGCUCAAGAUGAAAAAUAAGUAAAGAUUAGUAUGUAGUUCUAGCAUAGUUUAAUAUGACCUGCUACCUUGGGGGGUUUUGGUAGGUGACCUUACGACAACAAAACAACCACUACUUUUCAAAUUCAUAAUUUUAUUUCUUGAAAGGCCCUUAGUUUCUAAUAAUUUAUUUCAAUAAUGAAUUACAAAAUUUUUAGUUGGUAAAGAUAACAUAUUUUUUCAUGUUUAUCUUCAUUUUAAAUACUCAUUGCUGAAUUUUAAAAGUUUUAUGGUAUGAAUUUUGCAUAUAAAUUUAACUGUAUUUCAUAUAAUAGAAAAAGUAUGUGUGUAUUUCAAUUUAAUGCUGUUUUAUUAGUCUCCUACCGACGAAGUCGAAGGGACUGUAGGUUUGCAUUCUGUCCCUCUGUUUGUCUGUCCAUCCGUCAGUCCAGCAAAUCAGUUUUCCACACUUUUUUUCUUCAUGUUUGAAGAUAUUGAUUUGAUAUUUGGUGUAUUGUUUUAUCAUGACAAGUUACAGAUCAAGUUCAAAUUUUGUUCCGGUCUGAUGAUUUUGUGCAGAGUUAUGGUCCUUUGACUUAGAAAAUUCACUAAAAUAAUCAGAUUCCACACUUUUUUUUGUCAUUCUUGAAGAUAUUGAUUUGAUAAUUGGUAUAUGAUUUUAUCAUGACACGUUACAGUUCAAGUUUGAAUUUUGUUCAGGUCUGAUGAUUUUGUGCAGAGUUAUGGUCCAUGGACUUAGAAAAUUCACUCAAAUAAUCAGUUUUCCGCACUUUUUUUCAUCAUGCUUGAAGAUAUUGAUUUGAAAAUUGGUAUAUAGUUUUAUCAUGACAAGUUACAGAUCAUGUUUGAUUUUGUUCCGGUCUGAGAAUUUUGUGCAGAGUUAUGGUCAUUUGGACUUAGAAAAUUCACUUAAAUAAUCAGUUUUCAACACUUUUUUUUGUCAUGCUUGAAGAUAUUGACUUGAUAUUUGUUAUAUAGUUAACACCAUGACAAGUUAUAGAUCAAGUUAGAAUUUUGUUCCAAUACAAUGAAUUUUUAACCGGUAGGGGACUAUGUAUUGCCAUUCAAUACUCACAGAAUGCUUGUUGUAUUUCAUAUUUGUAUUUGUAUUUAAUUUAUGUAUGUUUGUAUUUCAGUUUAAUACUAUUUUACUGUAUGGGUUCAGAUUUCCGCUGCUUUUUUUCUAAUUGGUUGCCAAUUAGAAACUGGGUGCAAUUUGGGUACUGUGAUGUUACAGGUCUGUUUUUUUGUGGUUAAAAACAUAUAUGAUAAAGUAUAUUUUUUUUAAUAUUCUAUAAUAUGAAAAGGGUUGUGUACAGAAUAUAUCAGAUGAUCACCCCUACCACAUAGGGAUUGAAGUGGCCCCAGAGAAGGGAGCCCAAUUAUUUCCCCCAUUAGUUCAAUGCAAUGUUAUCAUAAUUGAAGGGCAGACUUUUUAUUCCCUAUAUGUUACUGCCAAAUUUAAACUGCUUUCUCAUACUUGUAGUCCCCUUCAUGGUUUCUGGGAAAAUCCUUGUAGGGUGAUUACCAACAUUUAAAAACACAAUACUUUUUGAGUAUUAAUAGGGUCAUUUUAUUCACUUCCUGCUUUAAAAAAAAAACAUCAAUGAAAUAUGGACCAUUUACUCAGUCAAUCAUCCACCAUAUACUUUUCAGAAUCACACAAAAUUUCAAAGAAGUUGAACAGAUUUAAGUACUUUAAUUUUCAUACUGGUACAAUAUCCCAUUGAAAAGAUGGUUGUUGAGGGACCUACUGUACUGGUAUCCUGUCAACUGGAAUCCUAUUCCUAUAAGGUUAAGCAGUAACUGGCUUCAAUUCAAUUAUCAUGUUUUAAAAUUUGAGAUGCUUUUUAUUGGGAAGCUGUAUGAGAAUGAGAAGAUUUAAGUGAUUGUUCAAACUGUUAUAAGAGUAGAAUUAUUACUGAACUUAUUUUUUUUUUAAAUGUAGUUAUUAAUCUGGUGCUAAGUAAGUUUGUGCAAAAUGAUCCUUGGUGAUUGUAGUUAUAUACCAGGGUAAUUGUUUCCAUAGUUACAAUGAGUGUUGUUUUACAUAAUUGCAUUUUAUACAUGUAAAAAUUGUUGCAUGCUUUUUUGUUAUAUUUUUGUUAGUUUUUUAUUUUAUUAUAUCUAGAUAAUUCCUAUAUACCUAGUUCAUUUCUGUUAAAAUAAUAUUCAGACGUGCUCAGUUUUAAUGUGAUACACAGUAAGCUGGGAUAGAUAACUAUUUUAGGGGAUAUUUUGAACUUUUGACAUAAACAAGUUUGGUAUGUUUAAAUCUAAAAAUUUUAAUAUGUGAAAUAAAAAAUUUAGCAAAUUUAGAUUAAACACCAUUUUAAAGAAAAUGAAACUUGAAAAAAAUCUCUUCUUUCUCUUUGUCCAUCCGUAUGUUUGCACAAAUUAGUAAAAGGAUCUGUAUGAUAAAAAUAUUGUUUUUCAACAAAAAAACAUUCCAAAAUAAGAUCUAUCCCUUUAAACAGUUUGUAGAUAAAAACAGUAUUUUAAGAAAUGACAUUUUUAGCCUUUUUCAAAUUUUUGUUUAAACAGUAUAGAUCACUGAAAAUUAGUAUAUUGUCUACAUAUAAGUCUGUUAUAUAAAUUGCCAAUUUUUUAGUACCAUAAAAGCAUUAAAGUACAAAAAGUAUGUAAUUAGUGUUAUUGGUUAAGAAUAAACAGUCUAGUCUAAAACAUUUCUGUAUAAUAAUAAAGUUCUAGGAAGUA